UGCAGAGAUAGCAAGAGGGGGGUGUGCCUGCUCAAAACUACUGACACCAACUUAUGAAUUCAUGGCAAAAUACUUGAACAAAACUAGUUUUGAAGUGUAUUUUGUUCAAUCAUCUUUGUCUUGGAACCUCUCUCUACAUUGAUUGAUUAUAUUUAUUGAGUGCCACGAGGGUGUUCCACAUAUUAAAUUCAUUAGCAAUGCCAGGCCCUAUUAUGCCUGUAGAUAUUGCUAUGCAGAUGUACAUCACACACUCUCCACCUCUCAGGAGCUUCCUCAGCUCCUAUGAGAACUUGAGGGUCAAGAACCGGGAAAACCACUACAAGGCCCUCCGGCCCUGCAUUAGCUCCCAAAGGCCCUUGGAGGCCCGGAAGAGCCCCAAGACCACCAUAAAGAUCCCCAAAGGCAAGAAGAAAGUGGUCUUUGCCGACUCCAAAGGCAUGUCCCUUACAGCCAUCCACGUCUUUUCAAAGUUCGAUGAAAAGCCUGUGUUCUCCGACUUACAAUUUGACCUUACAGACCUGGAGAAUGCCAACAUGGAGCUGAAGGUCAGCACCAUGCGAAGCCUGGCGCUGGACUUCCCCCAACCCGCUGCAGACUAUCUGGCCUUCCGGAACCGGCUGUUGAAGGACUCUGUGUGCCUGGAAAACUGCACACUGCAGGAGAGGUCACUCACAGGCACUGUGAAAGUCCGAAACCUUGGCUUUGAGAAAUCUGUCCAGGUCCGGUUGACCGUUGACUCAUGGAAAACCCACACAGACAUUGACUGCACCUUCAUGAACAACGUCUACAGUUGCCAGGACACAGAUACAUUCACCUUUGUCUUCGAUCUGCCAAGUUAUGUGCAUCCUUAUAAUAAAGUAGAAUUUUGCAUAUGUUUCAAGAGCAAAAACCAGGUUUUCUGGGACAAUAAUGAUGGGGAAAACUACAUGCUCAAACCCAUUGGGUGGAAUAGAGAGGAUGUGCAAACACUGUCCAAAACCAUUGUUGAGCAUAAGAACGGCAAUAAACUACUGGAGAUGGAGUUUGACCAGUUUGGAAGUCCCCGUUUAUCAAGUGGACUCUUUCCUGGGUGGCAAAGCUUGGGCAGAAUUGAGAAUGGUGCCAACUACUGGUGAAAUUAGGAAAGACUUUCAUCUGGGGUGAAAUGACAACUGAAGAGGUAUAACAGGGAUGGACUUGGAUGGAGCAGGGUGAUAUAGAUGUCGGAUCUUAAUUAGAGCCAGAUUGCUACAGCAGGAAAAUAAUCAUGCACCAACAGGAAAUGUGAAUUAGUAUGUGAAUUAAUGGACAUUUUUCUAGGAGUUGGUCCAUUUGUCAUAAGGUAAAAUCUCAUCUGAAAUAUCUAAACUGAAAUGAGAAACUUUUGUAUUUUUUAAACCUCAAAUACACUACAAGUUUUACAGUUACUGCAUUGCAGGACAGUUAUCCAUCCUGCAACAGGGUGAUUAAAUUAAGAUCCUACAUCUGUAGCAGUAGUAGUGACAUGACUUACUGUAUAUUAAAAUGUCAAUAGCUGCUUUGAAUGCAAUGAAGCACAUCAAGAAAGAAAAAGUGUAUGUAAAUAUGGACCAUGGCUAGAGUCUAAUACUAUUUGGCCACCAUUAAGACACUUUCUAAAUAUCAGAGGCAGGUGAUUUUUAUUUUAUUUGACAUGUGAUUCUUGUGUAAAGCAGUUUAGUGCCUUUUCAAUAUUGUACCUGUAAUAAAACAAAAGCCCAUUGAAACUUAA